UACAUUUCACUGUCUCCCAGUCUCCCUGAGAUGUUCAGAGACCGACUGAAGCUGGAUCAGACUGGAUCUCUGACAAUCACAAACAUGAGAACUAAACACUCUGGACUUUAUACACUAGAGAUCAACCACAAAACUGGGACCUUACCUUUGGUUUUCAGAGUUACUGUCUAUGAGUCUCCAGCUGUUAUUGAUGCUUUUAAAGGUGAAAUGAAGAGUGUAUCAGAGACGGAGGGAGAAUCUGUCACUCUUCAGACUGAUACUGAAACACACGGAGAUGAGCUGAUAGUGUGGAGGUUUGGAGAUGAAGAAAAACUCAUAGCUAAACAUGAUCUAGAGGCCAAGAGUCCACCAUUAUAUGAUCCUGAUGAGAGAUUCAGAGACAGACUGAAGCUGGAUCAUCAGACCGGAUCUCUGACCAUCACAAACAUCAGAAUCACAGACUCUGGAGUUUAUAAAGUGAAGAUCAGCAGCAGCAAACAGACUUUAUACAAGAGAUUCACUGUUACUGUCAGCCAAGGCUGUUGUGGCUUUACUGAAGCUGUGAUCCGAUUGGCUCUCUCCGCUCUGGUGGGCGUGGCUACUGUGGUUGUUCUGGUUUAUGACAUCAGAUCCUGCAGUCUUCAACAGAAGAAGAGCAUGCAGAAAUAACCAUCAAAGUUAAGUUUGUUGAUAUCAAGACUAGGAUCAGGCUGUGAUCACAUAAAAUAAUGUGUUGUUUCUAUGUUCAGUCACUAGUAGGCGCUACAGCAGGAUCUGUAGGAGAGACUCACUGAGAGAGUCAUGUUGAUCCAUCAGAAUUCAAUCGUCUCAUUUAUGGCAAAACAACACAAGAACAGAUGAUGUUUAGUGUGGUUCUCAACCUGCGCCUGUCACAAAUGCCAAAACUGCCCAUUAUCUGCUGACCACACUUAAAAAUUACAGUUUCACUAUUUUUAAUUUAAAUUAAAAUGGAUUAAAUGAAUAUAAGUUUGUACAGUAUUUUUUAUUAUUAUUUUCUACAGACUUCUAUAUUAUCACCUGUAAAUAUAUUUUUGACAAAUUAAGGCAUUUUAUUUUGCAUAUCUAUCUUUUCACAUUGUUUUUGGUAAGUUUAAACUGUAUUUUGUUUUCUUUAUUUUUGUGUUAGGAAGUGUAGAGGUUAAACAAAGAGAUUGUUCUGUUUGUUAUUUUGGCCUUGUCUGCCCCUGACAACAAACCCUUAUUAUGAAA